AGCGAGCUUCAGUUUAGUUCAAAAGUUCGCGUUACUUUGCGCGCAACGACGCAAAUCGGAUGAAAGUGAAAUUUGGAAAGAUAAGACGGUAGUUUCGACUAAGUAAAGAGUUCAGUGAGUUGAGGUUUCUCGAGGUCCAAUUAAAAAUUGUGCAACUCGGUCGUGAAAUUCAACGGUGAUUUUGAAUUAAUUUUAAUCUGUGUAUUACGUUGGCUGACAAGAUAAUAGCUCUAUUAAGAUAGCUGGUGGGGAGAGGAAAAAAACGACGAAUUAAUCGUGAUCGAAGUGAGUUGCAACACCGCGGAUAGUUUCGCGUAUUAAACAUAACCUCAAAAGAAUCCCACCGGCGAGAACAUGUCGAUAGUGGAUCAAUAAAGACGUAAGCCAUGCGACAACUAUCCUCAUCAUCGAGUUUCGAGGCGAUAAUCGUUUAGCAGCAGAAACGGCAUCGUUAUGAUUCGAGCGAUCCGUGGGACCAGUUUUUCCGUGGUCCACCAGCGGCGACGGCGGCAAAAGUUGGCAAUCUCCGUCGUGGGCCUCAUAAUUGUUGUUGUUCUGCUGGACCGAUCUUAUGCAAGCCAGGGCUUCAGUGCCAGCUCGGGUGAUGAUCACUCGGUUUGCAUUCGAUACGAGAGCUACACCACGCUCGAAACGGUCCCGCGCAACCAGACCGUCCAAGUGCUGACCAGGGAGUGGUGCCUGGAGAUCCCGCCUCGCUGCACGUCCUACCGACCCGAGAUCAAGGAAGUCUACGUGAAACAGAACGUCACAAAAACCCGUAAAAUCGAGUACUGCUGUGAGGGCUACGAGGAACAGCCCCGAAAUUCGUCAUCCGAGGAAGCAAGCCCCAACGGCCUCGCCUGUCGCCCAAUCUGCCGGGGUGGCUGCGGCCGCGGCCAGUGCACCGCUCCCAACGUGUGCAGCUGCGAGGCCGGCAUCACGGGCAAACACUGCAACCAACGAUGUCGGAACGGAACCUGGGGUGAGAACUGCAAACAGCGCUGCCACUGCCAGAACUACUCGCUGUGUGAGGGCAAAACUGGCCAUUGUCGAUGCUCCGAUGGGUGGAUUGGGACGCACUGUGAAUCACCCUGUCCAGCGGGCUACUACGGAACUAUGUGCAAGUCCAGCUGUAACUGUAACACUACCCGGUGUCACCACGUUACUGGGAAGUGUCUGGCCGACGAAGGGUUGGUCAUGUUUGACAACAUUACUCGGAUAUUGGAGAACAAUUACUCCGGAGAGAGUACAGAGCGGAUAUCUGCGGAGCAGUGGAUUAAGGUUGAAUCUAGUUCAACCACCACAACAACUUCAACCGCAUCAACAACCACCCUGGAGACUAGUUCAACACCGAUCAACUCCACGUACGCCGAAUCCUACCAGGAAUAUCUCCCCUCAAACGCUACCGUCAGUAUGGUCCCACUGGAGAACCUCACCUCGACCACGGAAGAACCCAGCAAUGAAACGGUGUACGAAAUCAUUGCGUCCACAACCAAGCUCGAAAUCACCUUCAUCGAUACUUCCGUUGGCAAGGUUGAGUCUCAAAACCCAGAAUCAACCACCGCCAAACGACCGAAGGUGAUCUACCUGGCAACGCAGGGUCAAUCGGACCUGGUAGAACUAAUCGACGCCAAGGAAUCUCCCGCGGAAGAAUCACAAGUGGACAACCGACAAGCUGUGGCGACCAUCUCCUGUCUCAUCCUAACAUUGGCCCUGCUUCUGUCGGUGGUGGCCUACAUGAAGAAUCUCAACCGGAAGCAGAAGCAGCCGCAGCAUCAGGAACAAAGUGUAGACAGUGGCCGCGGUAGCAUCAGUAGAGGUCCGGACAGUCCGAGGAUUCUGGAACCGCUGCCGGAUUUGCCCAAGGUGACCUACACGAAGGUGAAGGCGAAGAAUCAACGCAGUGGCAGUACUCAGCUGGAACACUACGACGUCCCGGUAAACAACUCCUCGGUGCACAAGAGCUCGCCGUACAACUACAACUUCACGCUCAGCAAACCCCCCGCGCAGGCUCGAAAGUACAGUCUGGAGCACAUCUACGACGAGAUCCAAUACCCGCCGUACUCCGAUCUGGACGGAAUCGGUGGAGGUCCCAACGCGUCGUCGGAUCACUUCUCGCGGUCCAUUCUGGCGGCGGACGACAAAAUGACACCGGUCAAGGUGAUCGACGAGAUUAAGGGGAAGUGAAAGUUGAAGGUUAUUUAUACGUAAAUGUAAUAAAUGAAUGUAAUUUGUAGAAAA